AUGGACCAGAUUCCCUACGACGACCAGCUGCUCAGCUUCGAGACGGGAGAUUACCAGCAGCCUCAGCAGCGCACCGCAUCCUACCCGAUCUCCUACCUGGACCAGCCUAUUCACCACGCCUCGAGUAAUCACCACCAACAUCACCACAACCCUCACCCGCACCACCAUCAGCAACACCAGGCUACCUGGCCGCCGAUGACCCUCGAGGACAUGUCCCAACCGCACCACAAUAACAUGUAUAUGCCUCCUACUCAGAAUCAACAGCAUGUACAGCAGCCUCAUCAGCAUGUUUCGAGGCCAGCAAGUAGCCAGACCCAGCAGCCUAUGACCAUGCAAAUGGGUGAUUUGGAUCCGACAUACUUUGGUCUUCUGCCAAGUGACUGGCAAAUGCAACUACAGCAGGUAGCACAAGCACAACAGGCGCAACAGCAGCAACAUCAGCAGCAAUACACUGCCCAGGCUAGCACCCCGCUGAACCUGAACACCUAUGCACAGACAUCGUUCGGCGCUCAACUCCAGGCAUCGCCAGUUGACUUCAUGCCUAUUACAUCGGCAGGCAACUAUGCUGUCACUGCUGGUAUGGAUCCGUCCAACUUCAUCGCCAUGGCUGGACCUAUGGAGUCAAUGAAUACACUCGUGUACCCACUUAAUGACUAUCAGAACGACAAUGCCUUCGCCAUGACACUGAAUCAAGCAGCACUAAACCAACACGCGGCUGAGUCCGUGCACUCGAGCAUACCUGGCAGCUCACCGACCGGCACUAUUCUCGAGAUUCAGUCCGUGUCAGAUAACGAAUGGUCAAUGGUCAACUUCAACCCGAACAGACAAUCCAUCGACUCCUUCGCCGGUACCGUCUCAAAUCCUAGCCAGAGUCUACACAUCAGGACCAGCUCUGACUCAUCGUCAUCAGAUGAUCCGGGCUCAGCUGAGUUGUCAGGCAGUUAUGAGGAGAUACCGCCUUGGCCACUCCACUCACCGCAUGACUUCCACGGCACAGAAUGGCUCGACGCGCAAUAUGUACAACAUGCUCAUGGCCUUCCCGUACCUGCUCAACAACAGUACACCUCGCCCACUUCAUCGCACCCUGUCAGCCCGAUUACCGCCAUGGCAUCAGGAUACCGCUCUUCUGGCUCAACGUCAACUUCGCCUACGUCAUCUGGUCCUCUCUCACCGCCACUUCGACGACGCAAGUCACCCGUCGACAAUAAUGGCAAGACUACCAAAGCUGUCAUCAAGAAGGUAGCGCACAGCACACGCAAGGAUGCUACCACUGAGAAAAAGGUCGGCCGAAGACGUGGUCCUCUCCGACCAGAGCAGCGCCAGCAAGCCCACGAGAUCCGCAAACUUCGUGCUUGCCUAAGAUGCAAGUUCUUGAAGAAAACUUGCGACAAGGGUGAACCGUGUGGUGGCUGCCGACCAAGCCAUGCCAGGUUAUGGCAAGUGCCUUGUACACGCAUGGACAUCAAGGACAUUGGCUACUUCAUGAAGGACUGGAAGGCGGAUUACGAACGCCAUGUCAGCCUCGGCUUUUCCGUUGGCAACAUCAAAGGCUUCAGUAGCAGUGAGCGUACACUGUACAUCACUCACGGCUAUGGCCAUUACCUUCCCAUCAACGCACGCGAGGUCUUCGUUCGCGAUGACAAGUGCUUCGGUGUCGACUGGAUCGAGGCCGCUCCUGGCACACCAAAGUCUUUCGAGCUCAACACCGCCAAAUUGUCCGCUGGUAUGGAAGGUGUCAGCACCAGUCUCCUAUCCGAGUACCUUGACCGUCAUCUUGAUAAUGGCUUCGAGUCCUUCGUUGACGAGUACUUUGAGGGAACAAAAUUCAUCACCGAGAUCCUAAAGACAGCCUACCGCUACAACCUCAAGGCCAACACGCCAUCUGUGCGCAAGGCACUCAAGCUUGUACUUGCUUACAACCUUACACUCCACGUGACUAUGGUUGAAGGUCUGUCAGAAGAGGAGCAGCUACCCGGCAAGGUUGAGGACUCUGAGUCCAGGUUCGCCGGCAAGACUGUCGCGCCCGUCAUGAUCAACUUCCAGGUCAAGUGCGCGCUAGCUGACAUGUGGCGAGAGCUGCAGAAGGACAUCCUUGAGGAACUGUCAUCACUAUACAGCUCCGUGUACUCUGGUGACAAGCUCAAGAACUGGCCAACCAUCUUCAUGCUGGCUGCCAUCCUACUUGCGAUCUGGGAGGAGAUGCAAUUCGAUUGCCACUACCGCGUACCGGACGAGAAGGCUGUCAACAAAUUCUGUGAAGAUAUGGAGACCACACCUGUGGGUGUCAUUGUCGGUCUGUUCCAGGCUAUCUCCACCAAGCUGCCUGGUCUUCAGGAGUGGGAUACUAGGAAGCAUCAUCACCUUCUCAAUUCGGAUGUGGCGGUUUGCGAGGCGCUGACUGAAGUCAAGGGGCAUAUUAACAAGCACGAGAAAUACCUAAGGGAGCGCUCGACGGCCAAAUUCGACCGCGAUGACUUCGACUCCUUGAGCAACAAGUUCCUGAGCAAGCUCGUCAUCCUGCUUGACGACAGUAACACGAAUGAGAGAUGCGAAGGCACUUGUGCCGAGCACACCGAUAAUCAUGAUCACGAUCAACAUAACCCGACACAUGAGUACAAGAACGAAGACGAAGUAUCAGAACACGAAGACGAGGAAGACGACGAUGCGAAGCUGCCACCGCUAUCCGAUGCGCAUAUUGCUGCCGCAUGGCUGAAGGCAUGA